AUGGGCCCAGGCCCUUCCGAUCCGUUGGCCGAACCCCCGUGCUCGCGCCUUGAGUCACUGCCCGUGGAAAUACUCCAGUUGAUCUUUCUUCACAGUCUUGAAGUGAAUCUCCCUCGUGCCUCACCACGUCUCAGCCAAGCAUUGUCAAAUCAAUUGCUCUAUACAUGGCUCAUUCGGCUUGCAUUCAGCAGUCCCAAUUCAGGCUCCCGAGAGGGCUUCUUUACCCCGGAUUUCCUACCCCCACCUUUGGAUUUCUGGGCAUUAUCCUGGAAAGACCGCCAACAAUUACAGACUAACAUACUGGCAUGUCGGUGGUGCACAUUUCCUCUGUUCCGGAAAUGCCAACGUGAGUACGUUGCCCACGCAAUCCGACAGAAAUGUGUUGGCCUGCUCUUCCAUCCGGACGACCAAGCACUGCUCUCAAAUCUGGACCCACGCUUUGAACACCUAGAAGACUGCGACUGGGCCGUACUCGGCCGGCGUGGGAAAGGGGAUCUGAUUAUACCGGCGCAGUUGCAGGAAAGCUCGCGCCACGCUGUUGACCGCAAGGUCGCAAUAUGGUUCCAUUUUGGUGCUGUCCAAAUCCGUAAACCAAGCGAGAUAUACCAUGAGAACGACCUCUUCCGGCUGCCGUGCUCAGUGCCUAUUGGACCGGGCCGCAUCCCAGACAAAAUCUUGCGCUCGCCCUGGUCAGAUGCGCAGUUUGAGUUCUUGCAGCUGCUCUCUUCGGACUUCUACCUGGAUGAAGAUGAAGCUAGGCCAGAUCGCUCCUCUGAGAUCACCUGUCGUCUGAUUAGAGCGCGCGAGAUUGAGCCUUUUCGUCGCUUGCUGAAUCUAUUUUUUCGCGCCGGAAAUUGUCGUGUUCUUGCUCGCUGGCCGCUACAGUAUUUACAUUAUUCCCUUGUUCGGCGGUGUGGGAGUGGACCUGGGGAUCCGUUUGCAAAUGUUAUUCUGAAUGGGCGUUGGCAUGAUAUGCCCGCAGACGCCAAGCAGGAUUUGUUGCGAUAUGUCGAGUCGUCUUCGUUGAAGGAUGGACAUUAA